AUGGGUCUGAAGUGGGUCUUGCUUUUGCUUGUAUUACAAGUCUCCUUACAGAGUUCACAUGCAGCUCUGAACAUAGGUGUGUACAGUGCCUCAACCAAACACUUCGUGUUCAAAUGGGACAAAGUGAAUGGAGCCAUGUCCUAUGAGAUCACAAUCACAAACAUUGCAAACCAGCGCGUGGGCUUCGCUGUCUUCGGGGCCAAUACAGUCAUGGGCUCGGUUAGUUCGGGACUGGCUGCGAACACCAACUACACCUACUCCAUUGAGGCCAAGAACGCCACCGGGGCUGUGCUGGAGAGCGCCAGCGGUCAGCACCUCACAGCACCUGAGCGGAUGGAUCCAAUCGUAUCAGUGACAGCCGUCGACAGCACCACCUUACAAGUGGAGUUUGUGCUAAAAACAGGAGCAAGCAAAUACAUUGUCCGUGCUCUGGACACCCAGGAGCCCUUAACCUUCUUCAAAGAGAUAGAGGUGACGUCCAGCCCCGCCCUUUUCCCGUCUCUGCAGCCCUACACCCAAUACAAACUGAGCGUCAUGGCGGCCAACUCCGGAGGCCGCAGCCAGCCCACAGAGUCAGUCAUCGCCAAGACGUUUUCUGAGGAGCAGCAAGAGGAGGAAGAGGAGCAGCAAGAAGAGGAGGAAGAGGAGCAGCAAGAAGAGGAGGAAGAGGAGCAGCAAGAAGAGGAGGAAGAGGAGCAGCAAGAGGAGGAAGAGGAGCAGCAAGAAGAGGAGGAAGAGGAGCAGCAAGAAGAGGAGGAGGAAGAGGAGCAGCAAGAAGAGGAGGAAGAGGAGCAGCAAGAAGAGGAAGAGGAGCAGCAAGAAGAUGAGGAAGAGGAGCAGCAAGAAGAGGAGGAAGAGGAGCAGCAAGAAGAGGAGGAAGAGGAGCAGCCAGAGGAGGAAGAGGAGCAGCAAGAAGAGGAGGAAGAGGAGCAGCAAGAAGAGGAGGAAGAGGAGCAGCCAGAGGAGAGUCUAGAAUGA